UUGUUGCAGAAAGUACACAAAUAGAGUAGAUGCAUGAUUCCAUAGGGAAACCUUUGAUUUUCCAUUUCGAGUGUUCCAUCCAGUCAACACAUAUGAUGCUUUAAUUUGUUCCUCAAUUAUUUAUAAUUGUAGCUCUCUGGACCUCCCCUUGCAAAACUCCUCCCAAGAGGAAAUUGUCUCUCAUCAACAAUGUCCAAACCCUUAAUUCUCCACCUUCUCCUUCUUACUCUAGCUUGUCAACUCACAAGCCAAUAUCACAACUUUGUGAAAGCAGAUGAGCAGUUAAUCCAGGAAGAAUGCCACAAUGCAAACGUACCCGAAGUCUGCAUCCAGUGCCUGAAAUCCAACCCACAUUCCGAAAAUGCUGAUAAGGUAGGAAUCGCCGAGAUUAUCGUCGGGUGUCUGAUUGAGCAUGCCAAUAAUUUGCAAGCAAACAUGACAACUUUGGCUUCCUCUGCCAAAGAUAAUCGAUUUAAGACGAUGCUGGAAAAGUGUGAAGAAGCACUUUCAUCUACAGACGGCCUUCUGAUUCAAACAAUGGUUGAACUGAAGAAUGGUGAGUAUGAUGAGGCUGAACUUUCAGCGACUGAAGCACUUCGGUAUGAGGUUAGCUGUGAUCACAUAUUUGGAAGACGUCAAGCCUAUUUACCUACACAUGUUGUCUAUGAAAUGAAGAUUUACAAAGAACUCUCUGAGGCUGCCAACCGAAUCAUCGAACGACUUUGAACGAACUGUUUAGCACAUAAAUUUCAUCCCAUCAUCCGAUUGGUGGGAUUAAUAUGAAAUAAGAUCAGUCUUGUUUGAUUA